AGCAGCUCACUUCAGAUAGAAGAGACAGAGGAGCAUCAUCAGUUCUACAUCGAAGACACCAUGAGGACUCACAGCUUUACAGUGGGCCUGCUGCUGCUGCUCGCUGUUCACCACUGCACUGCCAUGCCUCGUGGACUAAAUGAAAUGUCACCUGGAUCAUGCUGCUUUAAACUCUUUCCUAGAAGAAUACCAAAGGCACACAUUCUCUCCAUCAUCAAAACUCACAACAGAUGCUCUGCAAAGGCGUUUGUGGUGGAUACUCCCAAUGGACUGAUAUGUGUGAGCCUGACUCUGGACUGGGCUAAGACAGCUUUCAACAAGCAGCACGUCUCCAAGAACCAGUGAAGAUCCUCACUAUCGAUGAAGAGCUCCACCAACUCCACCUCCAGCCAUGAUAGAGCUCCGCCUGACAUUGACAACCUACAUAAUUACAUCAGUUGACUAGUGCUGUGUCAUUUUCAUGCAACUGUGAGUGUUAACCAUUUAAUGAUUAAUCCCAUAGAGCCUUGCUUUGCCUGACUUUUAAUCAUUAAAGUUUCACUUGAUAAAACAGA